CAACCAUAAAACUUUGGUAAACCAGGUGAAACUUUGAUUCAACCUGAUUAAUUAAUUAGUUGAUCGAAUUUAAAAUGGCCUUAUCCAAAUUAGUUACUGGAACGCCGGAUGAUGACACAGACUUGAAGAUUUCUACAACCUUUAAAGCUUUGAUGUGCCCAUCCGUGCUGGACGCCAUCUUUAAAAAACUUUCCGUCCCCGACUUACAUUCUGCCAGGCUCGUCUGCACCAAAUGGGGCGACGUGGGUUCAUCCAUUUUGGCGAAGAAGGGCUGGCUUAUCUUGGACUUUUGCGACGUCCCCUUAUCCGACGUGGUAUCCCUCCCGGACAAAUUUUUCCGCCGUGUCGUCAUCUCACAUUUGGACGUCGCCAUGUGCAAAGCUAUUUGGGAAUCCACUUUCGCCACGAAUUGCGACACCCUGCUCCCCAGGAUGGAUCAAUUUACGAAAGAUUUACAUCUCUACGUUGGAAAAUGGUGUGGCGUUCCAAUCCUUAAAGCCUUGGCAAAUUCCCACUUUCCAAACCUUACCUCUAUCCGAAUCAGAUUUAUGCCGGGGGGUUAUCAAAGGUUAUCGCAGGACUGUCAGAAUUUUACGGGACGUUCCAAGCUUAUCAAACUUGACUUGAUUUUGAUCAAUUGUGACGAAAAUCAUGAAUUAUUGACAUCCAUCUGCCAAUCUUUGAUUAAUGCUGGAGCCCUAAAUUUAGAAGAGUUACGAAUUGACGGCGAUAUUUACCCAGAUUUGUCAAACUGUGGAAAAUUGAAAGUCUUGAAGUACACAUUUCUCCAGGGAAGGAGACAAUUCAACCUGCCCUCUUUGAAUAAUAUGUUGGACGCGGUUUCUGCCUCGAUUGGGAAGCUGGACGUUAACUAUGGAACGCAAUGUGAUCGGUCUGAUGUAAUUCUGACAGGGUUGGAGACCUAUAGACUUCGCCUGCCUCGUCCAAUGCCGAAUUUUACGACAGUCGUCUUCACCAAUGCCGCACUUGUUUUCCUCUUCACUGGAUGUGGUAUUAAAGAUGCGGCUUUUUUGCAGUGCUGCGACAGGACUCGAAAAAGGGUGCGGGAUGUCGACCCUCGGAAAGAGUUACCGUUCUGGAUUUGUUACACGAUGAACCCACCAAAAUAAGCGGUCCGCCUUGAGAAGAAUAAUAAUUAGUGGAAGUUUUAUGUUCAGCCGUUUUUGCUGUGACUAUAAGUUAAAUAUUUUUUUAGUUAUGAAUUUGUACCAGAAAUUGUUCUUAGUAAGAACUUCUUACCAUUUAGCUAAUAAAUAAGGAAAUAUAAAUA